AUGCCUACAGAACGGAAUCGAGGUAUACGGGAAAAGUGGAGUGAGGAAAAUAUGCAAAAUGCUAUUGCAGCAGUACGGAAUGGCAUGUCCAAGAAUAUGGCGAGUAAGCAAUUUUCGGUACCUCGUGGAACUCUUAGGGAUUACUUAGCAAAAAAUGUAACAUUGAAAUGUAGCAUGGGUCGUAAAUGUAUUCUCACCAAAGAACAAGAAACAGAAUUGUGUUCAAGGAUUAUUCGAUUAGCAGAAGUAGGGUAUCCGCUAACUUCUAAGGUGUUGCGCAGAUGUGUCUUUAAUUUUUGCGACGCCAACUCUAUAUGCCACUCAUUUAAUGAGGAAAAGAAGUUAGCUAGGCGUUUCUGGCUUAAAGGCUUUUUUACCCGCAGUCCUCAAAUUCGAAAGCGGAAGGCUCAGAGUAUGAAUCCCGCCAGGGCCCAAAAGUUAAACCGGUUUAUAGUGAAUGACCACUUUGUAAAACUGCGUGAAAUUUUGACUAACCUUAAUGUUAUGGGUAAACCUCAGCACAUAUACAAUAUGGAUUUGAAAGGGUGUCGUUUGGCUCUCCAUCACCAACAGUCGGUUCUGGCAAAGAAGGGAGCCAAACGAGUUCAUUUUGUAGCUCAUGAACAUGGACAAAAUGUCACAAUAGUUUCCUGUGGAAAUGCUUUGGGUUCUGCAGUUCCUCCUGUAGUGUUAUUUAAGGGAAAACGAAUGAAACAAGAAUGGACCAAUUCUCUACCACCAGGGAGUUUGGCGUUGAUGACACCCAAAGGCAGCAUGACCACAGAAACCUUUAAAUUAUGGCUUCAACAUUUUUCCAAGUACAAAGUUCCUGGACCAUGCCUAUUAAUUUUUGAUAGUGCCAAAUGUCACUUAGACUACACAAUUGUCACCGUUGCUGAAGAACUGGGCAUCACCUUGUAUUGCCUUACCAAGUAA